AUGAUAAGAUCAUCAAUAAAAAAUAAAAUAACAACAACAAAAAGUUUAUCAUGUAUUUCAUUAAUAAAUAGACAAUAUGGUACAUCAACAAAAGAAGUACGUGAAACAUUUUUAAAUUAUUUUGAAAAAAAUGGUCAUAAAAGAUUACCAAGUGGUAGUUUAUUACCAUAUAAUGAUAAUUCAUUAUUAUUUACAAAUGCAGGUAUGGUACAAUUUAAAAAUCAAUUUACAGGUAAUGAAGAAUCAAAAUAUAAAAAAGUUACAACAUCACAAAAAUGUGUUAGAGCAGGUGGUAAACAUAAUGAUUUAGAUAAUGUUGGAUAUACAGCAAGACAUCAUACAUUUUUUGAAAUGUUGGGUAAUUUUUCAUUUGGAGGAUAUAAUCAUUUUAAAAGAGAUUCAAUUCAACAUGCAUGGGAUUUAUUGACAAAAGAAUAUGGUUUACCAAAAGAGAGAUUAGCAAUUUCAGUUUUAGAGGGUGAUGAAGAAUCAGCAGAAAUUUGGAGAAAUCAAAUUGGAUUACCAAAUGAUAAGAUUAUGUAUAAAGGUAGAGAGGAUAAUUUUUGGUCAAUGGGUGAUGGUCCUGGACCAUGUGGACCAUGUUCAGAAAUAUUUUGGGAUCAUGGUAAAGAAGUUGAUGGUGAAAGAUAUUUAGAGAUUUGGAAUCUCGUUUUUAUGCAAUAUAAUAAGAGUGGUAAAGAAGGUGAUGAGAUGCCAGUUGACAAAUUACCAAUACCUUGUGUUGAUACAGGUAUGGGUUUAGAAAGAAUGGCAUCGGUUUUACAAGGUAAAUUUACAAAUUACGAUAUUGAUUUAUUUCAAAAUUUAAUUAAUUCAUUCAAAGAGAUUGUAACAAUGGAUGUUGGUAGAGCACAAUUUCAACUUCAACAAGAUCCACAAAGAGUUGAAACUGCCUACAGAGUGAUUGCUGACCAUCUAAGAUCAAUUUCAUUUUUAAUUUCAGAUGGUGUAAUUCCAUUCAAUAUUGGUAGAGGUUAUGUAUUAAGAAAAAUUAUUAGACGUGCAUUAUCCUAUGGUAAAAUUUUAGGUUUUAAUGGACCUUUUCUCUCAACUUUAUUCCCAUUAUUAGAGAGGGAAAUGGGUGAUAUUUAUCCACAAUUAAUUGAACGUUCAAAUGAAAUUAGAAAUGUUAUUCUAAAUGAAGAGGGUACAUUUUAUAAUGCAAUUCAAAGAGGUAUACCUUAUUUAGAGGAAUUUGUUCAACAAAAUAAAUUAAAUGAAGAAUCAUUAUUUUUACUUUAUAAUACUUAUGGUUUACCAUUGGAAAUGUCUCAAGUUAAAGCUAAACAAAAUAAUAUUGAAAUUGAUAUGGAUAAAGUUAAUAAACUUAUAGAUGAAACUAGAGAACAAUCAAGAUUAACUUGGAAUACAUCAUCAUCAUCAAGUGAUCAAACUACUCAACAAACUACUCAAUUACCAGAGAAAACAUUUUUAUCAUGGAAAAGUGAUAAUAUUAAACCAAAAUUCAUUGGAUAUAAUGGAUGUGUUGAAAAUGAUAAUUCAAAAGUUUUAAGAUCUCACUUUGACAAUGAUAGUCAUUUGGUUUAUUUAUCAUUAGAUGAAACUCCAUUCUAUGGUACUUCAGGUGGUCAAGUUGGUGAUGUUGGUGAAUUAAUCAAUGUUUCAAGUGGUAAAAAUGUUUAUCGUGUAAUUAAUACAAUUAAACCAUAUGAAGGUGGUUUAGUUUUAGUAGUUGAAUGGGAUCCUUCACAACAAUUGGCUUCACAGGUUUAUCAAGAUUUAAAACAAGAUUCAUUAUUGAAUUGUAGAGUGGAUCGUUCAAUUAGAAAUCAAGUUGCUGUUCAUCAUAGUGCUACUCAUUUGCUACAUGCAGCAUUAAGAAAUGUAAUUGGCAAAAGUGUAGUUCAAGCUGGUUCAUUGGUUGGUAGUGAAUCAUUACGUUUCGAUUUCACACAUGGUCAAAAAUUAACACCAAAUCAAAUUGAACAAAUUGAACAAUGGGUAAAUGAUGCAAUUGCCAAAGAUAUAGCUUUGAAUACCGAUGAAAUUCCAUAUGAACAAGCAUCUAAAAAUAGUGAUACCCUUCAAUUAUUUAGUGAAAAGUAUAGUGAAUUGGUACGUGUUGUUAGUAUACCUGGAUUCUCUAAGGAGCUCUGUGGUGGUACACAUGUUGAACGUUCAUCUUCAAUUCAUCAAUUUAAAAUUAUAAGUGAAAGUAGUGUAGCAGCAGGAACUCGUAGAAUUGAAGCAGUGGCAGGUUUAGCAGCAACAAACUUUUUCAAAAAUCAUUAUCAAUUAGUUCAUCAAUUAUCAAAUAGUAUAAAUUCGCCAAUAGUUAAUUUCCAACAAUCAUUUGAACGUUUGGUAAAUACAAAUUCAAAACAAGAAAAAGAAAUUUUCGAUCUAAAAUUAAAGAUUGCUCAACUUUCAUCUGUAAAUUAUAAUGGUCAAUACAAAUCUGAUAAUGGUGGUGAAAUGAUACCUUUAUCAUUACAUAUUAUCGAUUGUGAAGAUAAAAAAGCAUUUACAAAAGUAACUGAAAACUUUGCAAAAGAAUUCUCUUCAUCACCAAUUCAAUUAACAAUUAGUAAAGGUGGAAAAGUUUUAUGUCAAUUAUUAUCAUCAUCAUCAUCCUCAUCCUCCUCAUUAUCAGCUGAUACAGUUUUAAAACAAUUAUUUAAAUCAAUUGGUAUGGGAAAAGGUGGUGGAAAUAAAUUAAUGGCAAAUGCUUCAAUUCAACCAUUAAAUAAUGAAAUUUUAAAUUCAAUUUUAAAUUGGUCAAAUGUUAACAACAAUUAUAAUAAUAAAAAAAAUUAA